GGCCCAUUAUCAGGUCUGCGCAGAGGCAGACACCCAUUGUAUAAUACUGCGAUCUGAUUGGCUGGUUUGAGACACUCAGGAGGUUUAUCUGGGAAGCAUUCUGCUAGAGAAAUCACUUUUCUUCAAAUGAUUCUACUGUGCUGAUCUGCUGAGGACUCCUGGAUUCUGCUGAGGACAUCUGGAUUCUAUCUACUCUGCUGAUCUGCUGAGACAAUCUGAAUUGGAUUUUGCUGAAAUGGAAGGACAAGCUGAGAAGCGCCAGAAAUCCAACCGUCGCAUCAUUCACUGCUUGCUGUGUGGGAAACCACAGGAGAUGCUGUCGACGCAUCUGAGCAGAGUGUGUAUGAAAAAGAACACACCCGAAGAACGGAUGGAGGAAACAAAUAGGGCAAAGGAGUCUGCCAAGGCGUGGACACGGCAAGCCAGGAACUGGGACUACAAGGAGAUGGUGAAACGUUACCCCCACAGACCAUCCAGACUGGCUCUUCUGAAAGAGCUUUGCCAAAGAGACUUUUUUGUGGCUAAUGCUCCUGAACAGGCAGACCUGGACUCAGAAGAGGCGUCCACCAGCACGGCGGGUGAACCUUCUGGAGCAGCCGGUGGCCACUCUGAAGCAGCCGUUGUCAGCUCCCUGACACGCUCCUCUUCUGACGACUCUGGUGAAGAGGGCACCCAGGCAGUGAAGAGAAGGCGGGUGGAAGAAGAGGUUGGCAGCCCAGCCCCGGACUUUAAUGCUUUCCUGCAGGCCUUCCCUGUGGGAAUCACUGGCCAACCACCCAACAAGACCCAGAGAGAAAAAGCUGGGUUCCCCGCCGACAGAGUCUUUUAUGACAAGUGGAGGGCUCUGCAGUACAGCCUUCGGGAGCAACAUCUUUUGUCAAAAUUCUCAAGACGUACCCCAACUGCAGCGAUGGUGGCCAAAGUCAUAGAUGCAGAGGGCUGGACGGCCAAUCAUCCUCGUCCAGAGGACAUCAUGGCGAAGUGGAGGCCGCUCAGCAGAGCACAGGCGGAGAGUGACCCGUGCAUCAUCAAGGGGGUGACCAGGCAGAAAUGGUCGGGUCUGGCUGUGAAGGCCUUUGGGGAGCAGAAAGGCGUUGUUGCAACCAAGGCCUUCGGGAAGGGCUCCAUCCUGUGUGAUUUCCACGGAAAGGUGAUCACAGGUGCUGAGGGCAGGGAGAUGGCAGAGACGCAGGACCAGCUGGGCAACCUGUUUUUCUUCAAACAUGGCCCUGACGAAAUCUGCAUCGAUGCGGAGACUUUCCCCUGUGAGUGCCACCCGUCUCUGGAAACCAUCGGGAGAUGGAUUACACAUUCAAAGAAGAAGCACAACGUGCAGCCAUGCCACUGCAUAGUGAAGCUUCAGGGGGGAGACAGGCAUGUCCUGCUCUUUCAGGCCACCACGGACAUUAAGAAAGAUGAUAAGAUCUGCUUCGACCACGGCAUCAAGAAGAGGACUUUUCGUGGGGAGAUAGAGGAGCUGGAGUGGCUGAACAUUUGAUUCUUUACAAUUUGUGUCACAUUUUAUGACACAAGACUAUGAACUAUCAAUGUUUUGUUUUUCAACUGUGAGCUCGCGAAUGAACUAUAAAUGUUUGGACAAAAUUGGGAGCUUGCGUAUGGACUAUCAAUGUUUGGACAAAAUUGGGAGCUUGCGUAUGGACUUGAUGUUCAUGUAAAAGGAGCCUCAGUAGCGUCUAAACAUUGUAGUUUCAUGUAAAAGGAGCCUCAGUGUGACCAAUGAAAUAAUUGAGUUUGAUCUACGUCCUGGAGCUGGAGUGGUUGGAUCUCUGACAACCCGGACAGACUCUAUUUUUUCAGACUGUGAUUUUGCCGGACGUCUGCUUGCCUCUCACAGACCAUGUGUGACAAAUUUAAAUGGAGCCUCAUUGUGAACUGACAACCCAGACAGACUGUAUUCAGGAUUUUGAAGAAGGCACCACGC